AUGCCAGGUUUCUACGGUAUCGCUAAGGGAAAUACCUCGGUUUACAUCUCGGUGUUGGCUGCAUUGCACCACACUCUUGUUCAUCGCAAAGAAGACAAGUCUGUCGUGCCCGAUCCGCAGACGCGUCCGGGAGGCACGAGCGGACACGGCGGCCCGCGGCGCCAGUCUGUGGCGGGCGGGGCGCCGCCCGCCGCCCGCCGCCCGCCGCCCGCCGCCGUGGCCCACGCGCGGCCCCACACCCGCGCCACUAUUAUUAGUGCGACAGCUGCACGCUCAGAAAUCCUGCUGCAUCAGGUGGCGGUGGCGAUCACUAGGGCAUGUUCCGGCGGCGCGCCACUUUGCACUGAGUCUCGAACCGCGGGCCCGCCCCCACCAGGCGGCCCGCCCGCCGCCGGCCACGUGACCGGCGCCGGCCAAUGGCGCGCCGAGCAGCGGCGCCGCCGGCCCGGCGUCUCGCCCGCCUCGCGCCGCCGGCGUCCGCUGGCGGGCGUCCCGGGCGCGCCGCCAGGGCACAGUGACCCGCUGCCCGCCACCUCCGCCGCCGCCGCCGCCGCCGCCGCCCCCGCCGUCAACGCCCCCGUCACCGCCGCCCCCGCCAGACCGCGUCGCAGACGCCUCUGCGCCCCGUGCAGCAGCGGUGACCUGUCACCCGUCCCGGUGGUAAGUGCUCCGCCCGCUGUGCAGUUGCGGCAGGGCGGAGGUGAGCGCGGAACGCCGGCGGACGGCGCAGCAACAGCUUCGUGCGUGUCGCCGCCGCCGGCGGAGAGGAGGCGGCGUCAUCUCCCGGGCCGCAGCGCCGCCGCCCGCCCGAUCGAUAGCAUCUAUCGAGAAGUUUUUCGACAGUUGUUGGCGCCUGCCGAGGCGCCUCCCACGCACCGGCGCGGCGACGGCGACGGCGACGCCGCUCCUCGUUCAUCCACCUCCGGCCGCCGGCGGACACGUGCACUGCACCGGCACCGGCACCGCCACUGCCUCGGCCGCAAAGCCACCAGGCAGCCACAUACAAGCAGACUCCAACCGACGUUCUUCCGUGCCUCAAACAAGGGCUGUUAG